AUGACAAAAAGGCAAGAGGGAGAAGAGGAUGUUGGGGGAGGGAGAGAUCGGGCCCCACCCUGCACAUGCACUGCCCAGCACACCCACAUGCGAAAAUGGGCAGCAGCCUCGCCAGGCCUGCUCUCUGGGGGAAGCCAGACACAGGUCAGUCCUGAUCCGUCUGACGUGCAAAAGGCGAGACAGCUUUCAGCAGGGAACUGCCAAUCCACUGAAAUAGUUUCCAUUUCAGUCUAUAGCCUCCCCACCCCAAACACGCACCAUCUCAUCUGGGGCGAGAGCAUCAGGACUGGGCCCCAAGAAGGCCCGAAAGCCAUAGAAAAAGGUUUUUUUGGGGGGGAUGGUGGGAACAUAGAAAUCCAGGGAGCUGAGGCUCUGACUCGGCCACUCACCAGCCAGGUGACCCCAGGCCAGUACUGUUUUUUGAGUUGUACUAGUUGA